UAAAAGUUCCCGGAAGUAAUUUUGGUAAACACACGUUUGCAUUUUGUUAUGCUGUUGUGGCAUGCAAGUUACUAUUUUCUAAAUUAUGCCGAAACUCUUUGCGAUAACAUUUACAGACAAAUCUAAUACGGGAGGAUUUUGGUCUGCCAUUGAUGUUUGGAUAAAGAAACCACACGUUGUGAACAAACGUCUUUGUGGAGUCAAAGAGACACAGAGUAAGAAUGUUGGCUUUGAAGAACUUGGAAACAUUCUGCUAACUCAUGGAAGUGAUACUUCAGAGUCCAAGGAUGUUCUUACUUUCUUGAAUAGUGGCGUUGAACUCGAACAUGACAAGGAGAGACUGUGGUCUUUUUGUGUGAGGACAUUCAUUCCUAAAGUAAACUGUUAUGGCACAACUGUACAUAAAGAUAUUAUACUCAAAGACUUUAACACUCAAAGAGUAAGCUUCUUACCAGUUGAAGAGAGUGAGGAAGGGACUGCCUCUUUACGGAAGAACAACAUCUAUCAGAUACAUCUCCUGGCUGAGAAGAGUGAUGAAUGGACACUAGAGUUACAUCUCAUGCGGCCUGAUGACUGGUUCAGUGACGGGGUGGCCUACCCCAAACUGCCCUGGCUUGGUGGGGAGCUCCUGCCCAAACUGGUGCGUUGGGCCACGGAGAGUAAGACCAGUGAGUUCAAGAGCACGCUGUCUCUCCUGCCUGUAGAGAAGUACAGCAUCAUGUACCAACAGCUGAAAGACAAGUACAAGGAGAUGGUCAAGGUAUGGCCUGAAGUGACGGAUCCAGAGAAGUUUGUCUUUGAAGAUGUUGCCAUCGCUACCUAUCUUUUGGUCCUAUGGGGCGAGGAGCGAGCAGUGAAGGGUCUGACCGUCAAACAGUCCUUUGUGGAUCUUGGUUGUGGAAAUGGUCUCCUGGUUCACAUUCUAAGCAAUGAAGGGCACCCUGGAAAGGGCAUUGACGUGAGGAAAAGGAAGAUCUGGGAUAUGUACGGCCCCCAAACACAUCUAGAGGAAACGGCAAUCACUCCCAGUGAUGGCUUCUUAUUCCCGGGCACAGACUGGCUGAUUGGAAACCACUCGGACGAGCUCACACCGUGGAUCCCCGUUAUAGCGGCCAGGUCAUCUUUCUCCUGCCGGUAUUUUGUCCUGCCGUGCUGCUUCUUUGACUUCUAUGGGAAGUACCAGCGGAGACACUGUAAGAAGUCCCAGUAUAAGGAAUACAUUGACUUCAUCUCUGAGGUCAGCACAGCCUGUGGGUUCAACACAGAGGAGGACUGCCUGAGAAUCCCCUCCACAAAGCGGGUGUGUCUGGUAGGAAAGUCGAGGAGCUACCAGCUGUCGGAUGAGCCGCAGGCAGAGGAGUGUAGAGACAAGUAUAUACAGGGUCGUCAGACCUGCUCCGGGGUCACAGUUCGAGAGUCAAACGCCGAGGGUGAAGCCGAGCACCACCACGACCACUCAGAGACUGACAGGAUCCACGGCACCAACUGGGGAGCUGGAUUCCAGCCCCGAGAGAGGAUCGAGACAGUGCGGAACUGUGCCGCCCUUCCCCGGGACUUUGUAGAUGGUAUAGUCCUACGUGUGGCCACCUCUCUGCUGGGGUUGACCAAGGACGAAGGUGGGGAUGUCCCCGGCAGCUGGAACACGGGAGGAAGGCUGUCCGUGAGAGAGGUGGCUGAGUUGUUGGAGCAGGAGACUCUGCAGGUCCUGAAGAAAGAAUGUGGCGGUCUGCAGACCCUGCUCAAGAACAACCACCAGGUCUUCAGAGUGGAAGGUGGUAUGGUCCAUAUCCGGGACUGGCGGGUACAGGCCCAGAGGCCUAGAGGGCUGCAGGGUACCAGGGAUGUUUCUAAGCGGAAGCACCUAAUCUCUGGUGCCCUGAAGACCCGGGCCUGCUGGUUCCACGUCCACCACCCUCACGGAUGCCCACUGCAGGCCGAGGAGUGUGCCUUCGCCCAUGGCCCAGACGAUCUCCGACCUUCCACCAGACCACUCAAGAAAAUGAAGUACUCCAACUGAACGCUCAAUUCAGUUUGGACCAUUAUUGCAAUGUUUUAUUUCAAUUGUACUAGUUUUUUUUGUAUUUUUAUUUUUAGAUGUGGAGUUGAUGCUGUGAUAUGAUGCUACAAGAAUAGCUGUGACUAUCAGUCAUACAUACAUACAUACAUACAUACAUACAUACAUACAUACAUACAUACAUACAUACAUACAUACAUACAGUGCGGUCCAAAAUUAUUGACACCCUUAAUAAGGAUAAUUAAAAUACCCAGCUAUAUUGUAAGUGAAAAAAAUGAGGAAAGAGAUUUUGUUUAACAGUAAUACUUUAUUUUCUCAAAAGGUAGGGGUUGAAAUGAUUGACAUCUCUAAAGAUUCUUAUAAAUAAAGUAGGCAAAAGUUUAGUAUUUGGUCCCAUAAUCCUAGCACGCAAUGACUACAUCAAGCUUGUGACUCUACAAACGUGUUGGAAUGCGUUUACAGUUAGUUUUGGUUGUGUUUCAGAUUAUUUUGUGGCCAAUAGAAAUGAAUGUUAAAUAAUGUAUUGUGUCAUUUUGGAGUCACUUUUAUUGUAAAUAAGAAUCAAAUAUGGGACCAAAAACUAAACAUUUGACUACUUUAUUGAUAAGAAUCUUUUGGGGGUUUCAAUUUUGACCCCUACCUUUUUUCUCUGAGCAAUUGUAUUAGUAUAAAAUAAUAUAAUUUCCCAUUUUUUUAGGAUAAAAUACAGCUCAGUAUUUUAAUUAUUUAUUUUCCACAGUCAUUAUUGCUCAUCUUUAUCAGCAGGUGUCAAUAAUUUCAGACCCCACUGUAGAUACAUACUUGCGCUUGUAAUUAAUUCCACAUAUCGGAAUUUUGAGACCUAAAUCUGGUUAGAUAAGUACAUUUUAGUUUUUAGUAGUGGAGCUACUCUGCUAUUUGCUUUGCAGAUCUCAAAUAUAACAUCUCAAAUAUAAAAAAUACUGUCAUAUUGUUCUUACUACCACACCUUCAUUACUCAACUACAUACACAGAGGUGCUUUAAGGUCCAAAACGGAAGGACAUAUUGGCUUAAAACUGUAAAUGUCAGGGCCAUGAAUUAUUUGUUGCAUAGUGUUCAUGGGGUGUCCCGUGUGUUGCCCUCUGUGUCCCUGUUUUCCCUCCUGUGUUCCUUUAUCACCUGGGAUCGUGACCCCGUGGCUCAAAGGUCACAUAGAGGCAGUAGAGGGCCGCCGAGAGACCACCAUAGGGUCAGGAGCUGGGUCUACUGCAGAGGGGUCUCGGGGGGGGCUGUCAGUGCACUCUCUCCAUAGACAUCUACCUGUAUGUCUGUUAUGUCCUAAAACAUACAACACAUUAGUUUAUUUGUAUGUCAGCCAGAGGGCCAGUCUCUUUUUUAACUUUAGCUAUCCUUGGUUUGGCUACCUCCUCGUACCUAUGGCUGCAUCACAAUGAAGCACAAUUCCUCAGGUAUUAUUUGCUUAAAAAACAGUUUGCCAUGACAAGUUGUUUUUGGGUGUGAGAGAUUAUGCAUCAGCGCUGCAAGCUGACAACGAGCGUGAAGAGGCUUUGCAUCUACUUGACUUUCCAACACCGUCCUAUGGGAGGACACGUUAGUAUAUCUGUGAACCCACCCUGUGUUAUUUUCCCUGCCAUAGUAUCGAUAGCAUACAGAACUGAGCUUUGUCCUAUUUACUCUUCCUGGUCUGAAGGUGAUGAAUCCAUAACAUUCUGAGGUUUGUUCUAUGUUAGCAGGCUGACUGUUCCCCGAACCGCCUGAGGCCUCUGGCUGUGUCUGAAUAGUAAUGAAGAUAUACGAUUCAGUUUAAGAAUAGGAUGGGUUGUCCCUAAUGGGCCUGAUCUAAGGUCAGUUUUUCUGGAGCCGCGUGGACCGACGCGAACAAUACUGAAGGCCAAUGGCUGUGUAUUUUGAUAAAGAUGCACUCUAGCUAAGCAUAGGAAGAUGGAGAAACUCUAUCGACAGUUAAAGCUUUGACUCUGACAUUCUCCCUGUAGGUGAAGGAGCUCUCAUGAGAAUUAACUUCCUGGAAAGCCAGAGGGAGGGAGUUAUGCUGAAUUACGCUUCGUGGCCUAAAUCCAAUAGACAUGACGGACAUUGUAUUGGACCUGGGGGUGGAUGUGUGAAAGCUUAUAGCACUCAAGACCGAUGACUGUUUACAGUUCUACACCGACGAGUGUGCUUUAAUGACCUGAGCAAGCUACUAAGCCAUAGUGUCUCUUUCUCCAUCCAUCCCUCCCUUCCUCAUUUCCUCCCUGCACCUGGGAGAAAUCAAUCCUUUAAGAGCCCUGCCUGCGUUUCCACGUCUACUAAGAUCCAAACAGCCAAUCGACCCGCUGCCCCACAUUUCACCUGGCAAUGAGCGUGAAAUUAUCCAGGAAGUGACACACGCAUGGGGCAGCAAGUAGCCUAGUGUUUAGAGCGUUGGACUAGUAACCGAAAGGUUGCAAGCUCGAAUCCCCGAGCUGACAAGGUCAAAGUCUGUCGU